AUGGUUUCAUUUGGCAAUUCUGGCAGCGACUUGGCUGGGGGAAAGCAGGCUUCUUUGAAGUCUACAUUUAUAGCUAAACUAAAAGGGUUUAGGGGGAAAUCAAAAGAGAUUACUCAGUUGCUGGACGAAGCUACCGAUGAAUCGCUUACUCGAGUUGAUUGGGUAAAAACUCGCCAGGCUGCGGCAAUCGCAUGCACUUCCAGCUCAGGACCAGACACGGUUGUCAAAGCUCUUUUGGAAAGUCUGGAAAAAGGACCAGUACAACAAACAUAUGUCUUGCAUGUAAUGUACUGGAUGUUGGAAAAUCAGCAGCCAUCGUUCUAUGCCCGGUUUUACGACUCCAGCAAUCUUGAUCGCCUGUUUGAAAUAUGGACUAGCAAAGGAUUUGCACCAGAAAGCAAAGCACUUUUGGCUGCCAUUGUAGAUCAGAUGCCCUCCUCUGGAAGUCCUGCAUACGAAAGAAAUUUGCAUCUUUUGCGUAGCAGAGCAUCUGAAAAAGGACUAUUGGGUGGAUAUGAUUUGGAGCUUAUUUUUUUCGAUACUCCCGAGACCGGUCUGAUCUCACUUGCAGAUCAGCAAACUUGUCGCAUGUUGCAGGCAUCACGUACCUCAUCUCAGACGACUAUGCACUCUGAACAAAAUCAUCAGCUUGGACAAACUUCUUUUGUAUCACAGCAACCCCAGGUUGUCAUUAUGGACUAUAAUGCUCAUGCACAAAUUGUACUAAGUAACGCAUCCAUGUUGACCGAGGCAGUCAAUUUCUCUGAUGAAAAUGAACCUUUGGUGUCAAAUCAGAUUGUUCAGGAGUUUCGUACCAACUGUAUUAAUCUCAGACAAACUACAAACCAGUUUUUACAGCAGGGUGUUCUUACUGAAGUUGCUAUCAAUGCGCUGAUCAAUUGUAACAAUAAACUUACCGAGGCAUUCCGAGUGUAUGACGAAGCAUUAGAGGGCCAAAUGAUACAAUCUGCUAUUGAUAAAAGUCGCACAGGAAAAGAGGCCACUCCAUUAAUAACCUUUGAGGAGACUGACCGUGAAGCACAAGAGGCUGAACAACUCCGCAUCGCGCUGGAACAAAGUCGUGUUGAUGGUUUACGUUCCGUAAACCCUUUUUGGGAAAAAGAGGAUGAACAUGUUGGAGUUUCUGAAAUAGGUGGCCAUUCAAAAACAAGCUCGUCACUAACUUUAGGUGCGGAUGCUGCUCCUUAUAUUAUUGGCGGUGGAUCGCACGGAAGCACGACUGCUAGUGGUAGUGGCUCUACUUCUUUAUUAACAUUCACUGAUGCUCCAAAUUCAAAUAGUGGCAAGAAUGUGACAUUUUCCAAGAGUGUGCAUGGUUGAUUUUUGUUUAAAUAGUCAAUAGUACUAGACGGUGGAACAUGACUGGAAAUGCGCACAAUCUGUUCAAGUUGGAAAUAAUACUGGAUCAAAUGGGCAGAUCUGGAUUGAAAAUAGCUGUCGAGUUGUUUACAAAAGUUUAGGAACCCUGUUUAAAAAACAAAUGUUGGUUGUCAAGCCUUUGGAAGAUUUGCUAACCCACCUCACUAUGAAUGCUCUAUUGAUGAACAGUUUGAAUAAAUGUUAUUUUUUCAAGUAUUUCCAUC